UUGACAUGGGACCGGUAUUUGAAUCUAAGAAAGCAAAGAAGGUUAGCUGGUAUGGUUACCACCGUUCCAUCUACAAUCCUAGCUGCUGCUGCUUCGGGAUCCUAUUUUCUUACGCAAGAAAUCGAUCCAACCAGUAGUCCGAUUGCAGGCGUUGAUCCGGUGUAUGUGUAUGCUUUGCUCACGUUGGGAUGUACAGGUCUUGGGUAUCUUCUUGGUCCCUCUCUAGGCUCGGGAGUUUGGUCUUUGUUCCAUGGCAAAAAUCGCAAGCAGAUUGAAGAAAAGGAUAAACUCUUCUUUGAACACAUCACAAAACAACGUGUCGAUCCAAGCAGACAGACGAUGCAGAACAGACUCCCAGACUACUACGGCGAAAAGAUUGGAAGUAUAAAAGAUUAUCGUCAAUGGUUACGCGAUCAAUCUACAUUUAGAAGGAAGGCAGCACACGGGGUCGAUGAUGAU